UACUUUCCUCCGGAGCCAGUUUAGAAGGAGAAGAAGAAGAAUAUAGGACAACAUCGAUGAGAGAAUCGUAAAACUCAUAACGAAAGUUUAAAAACGAAAAGCAUAAAUACGCUCUCACGUUUUAAGGGAGAUCUUUGACAUGUCAUUCGCGAGUGUAAUGUUCGUGUGAUAAUAACAACAAAUAUAAUAACGAGCGUUGUUUAUUUAUUUAACAGUAAUACUAAAAGGAAGAUAUCGUUGAUCAGUGAGCGUCUAAGUCUAAGCAAAUCUUGAAAUUCCAAAUUUCAAAAAAUUCACCAAACGUACUUAAUCAACUGCCCUGCAACAAUCUUAUUUGGCUCGAAUUUCCUCAGUGUGAAAAGUCUUUAUUGCCAAUUAAAUAUUAUGGAAAACAUCGCUAGAGAAUACCUCUUCUACUACAAGAUCAUAUCUUCUGCAAUGUAAAGCAGCAAUUAAAUUAUAACUACGCCAAGAAAACAUGUGCAGAUGUUACGGAGUACUCUUAGGUGGAUGACAGGUCUUUCAGGGAUGGAUUCCGGUAAGAAAGUAGAAGCAACUACUAGCAGUCAGCGCACUGUCGCAGAAUCUGGAAGUUCAGACUCUAUAGAGGUAGACAAUUCACAUACAGUUCUACUAAAGAUAGCAACACUAUAUGCUGAACGUCUUAUGAAUGAUAUUUGCCUUGUUGUUGAUGGUGUGGAAUAUCCAGCACAUCGACUUAUACUUUGUGCUUCUAGUGACGUUUUCCAAGUGAUGCUAAUGAGCCCACAAUGGAGUGAAUCUCAGGAAAGCAGGGUAACUCUCCAGGAGACGCCCCAAUGCGCACCAAUAUUCAGCGAAUUCCUACGUUACUUUUACACUGGCCAAAUAAGAAUCAACUACAGUGUCGUGCUGCCGAUACUAUCCUUAGCCGAUAAGUACAACGUGAAAGAUCUGAUAUCGUUGUGCCUUGACUACAUGCAGAACCACAUCGCACUGGCUGCCAUACAUGGCACUCUAGUGUCCUGGCUGCAGUACACAUCCAAUUGCGGUCAUCAGAGCAUUAGCCAUACGUGCCAAAACUUCGUCAAGUGGAAUCUGGAGCUCGUGGCGAAGACUCCGGACUUUGGUAACUUCGAUCUGGAUAUCCUGGUAUCGCUGUUGCACCAGAGUAGCUUAGUUGUAAAGGACGAGAUGACGCUCUACAAGUGCCUAGAAUCGUGGCUGGAUCAUCAGGCAUAUCGAUUAAAGGCACAGCUGUCGGCGGACGAGCUGGAGGCUACGCUUCAUCAACUGGUAAUAGCCGUGAUGUCACCCGUGAGAUUUCCGAUGAUGUCACCGCGGCAAUUGGCUGACCUACUGUUGUCCCCGUUGACGAAAAAGUACAAAGAGUUCUUCGUGGAACGCAUGUCGAUCGGCAUGUCUUUUCAUUCAGGUCACACCGAGAGGGUGAGAGAAGUGAGCUUGAGCGAAGAGGAUGGCGCGUUGCUGUUCGAGCCGCGGCUCUACACAGUCGAUACAUGCAGCUCGCUGCUGACCAUCGAGAACUUUCACGGGUUACCAUCCUACCACACGAGAACACUCGUGUUCUCCAGCCACUCGAGUUUAGCGGAGUACGCGGGCGACAGAGCGUGCGAAUGGGUCGUGGAUAUCUAUCCGAAAGGUGUAUGGUUCAAGAAGUUUUUCCUCAUAGUGUGGCAGGGAACGGUGGAGAUGCCGGAGCACGUGAAACGAUCGGUGAGACUGUCGUUGACCUGUAAGGAACCGCCGGUGAACAGCAAUAUGCGCGUGAAAAUAGGUGUGCUGAUCUACGGCUUGCAAGAUGGCGUCGAACACAUCGCUCGAAUAACCGAGAUCAUACACAGGUUCAGUAGGAAGGACCGCGUCCUCAAUCUGGACGAUCUCCUGCCGUUCGAGGAGCUCAAUCCGCAGCAGGGAUCGAUGCCGGAAAAUGUGGUGUCUCCCUUCCUCGUGGGCCCCAAUAAGGACAUGCUCAAGCUGCACAUCGUUAUAUCGCCAGCCAAUUAGCAUUUAUAAAUAUAGCUUACAAUAUACAGUUGCGUCACUAACUAAGUAUUACACAUCGGAGGAAUGUUCUCGUUCUGCUUGCGUCACAUAGAACUUGAACAAAGGCGCUACCAGAAAGAAACCUGAGAGUAGCUCCCGCGGGCCGUUUACGAGCUAGCCCAAGGCUUCUGUGUGGCGCCGCGAAAUUCAUCUCUUUCGAGUCAAUCGUGCGAUUAACGAAUCCCUUAUUCUUUCUCUUCUCCGAUAGCGAGUAUUUUCUGAACGUGCGCUGAGUAACUAUGAGAGAAUAAUAUCGGCGUGAGGUACUUGAUGUGCAAUUUCUUCGCGCAUUUCCGUGAGACGAGCUCGCUUCCGUAGAUUCGCGAGGUUCGAGAGACCGACUGUCAAAACACUGUUCAUGUGAUACCGAGUAACAUCCUGAUGAAGUAUAUUACAUCGCGAGUGUAACAUAUCACGUGCAAUAUACUUCAGAGAAUGACAGUAGCCCCCGCUGCCACGCUGUGAUCGUGACUCUGAUUCUUUGAUGCGUAAACUCCAAUUUCUGCGAUUUCGCCGACGGCUGUGUGACGUGUGUGUGUGUAUAUAUGUGUGUGUGUGUGUGUGUGUGUGUGUAUGUGUGUAUGUGUAUGCAUAUAAGUGUGUAUAUGUUUGUACGUGUAUAUGUGUGUAUACCCGAGAUACGAGCAUUAUUUUAUCUCGCAAAAAAUCGUUGACGCUAUCAUAAAAUAUGUGACAAUGCAGAAUGCGUGUGGACACUUAAUGUAACAUAGAUGUACGUAUCGAUAUAGGCUUGCUCGUUAAUCUCAAACCGCAGUCUGGUAUUACAAGUUUCUGACAAAUAGUGCAAUCGUCGAUAUUGUUUCAAGGAGAUAUGAUAUAGCGAGAGUUCCUCCUCGUAUACCUCGUGUGCGAAGUUUGCAGAAAUGUCGCCGCGUCUCGUUGAAAGUAGCAAGAAAGAGAGGAGGAGGAAGAGGCAGGAAGUUUCUUAGCCGGAGCAGCUUUCAGUUUCUCACGCAUCUACUAGUAGUACAGUUUACCCUAGGCGUCACAAUUUCGAGAUACGGCGCGCGUCUGCGAAUUUCACGGCGAAUUUCUGCCGCAUAUUUUCUUUUCUUACUACCUUUUUGUACGACGAGUAGACAAUUCGGCGACGAGAGUCGCGUCGACAAUUUGCGGCCCAUUAUUUGCGUCGCCGCUAUGUGUUCCUGCAUUGACGAUUGACAUUUAAUUUAAAUCUAUUGACGUUGGAUCCCCGACGAAAUAACACGAGACUCUGAAUAAAUUAUAUAAUAUAUCAAGUGAGCGUUUGC